UCACAGUGGCGCACCAACAUACUUCCUCCGAAUAAGAUUUAUUUCGUCAUUCUACCGAAGUCAUCUGCACAAUAACGUGGACGGCACAUUGUGGCAAUGAAGCGGGUUUUUGCUGUUACCUGCUUACUGACAGCUGUCGCUUAUUACAUUUACAUCCCUCUGCCAAGUACAAUUUCGGAACCAUGGAAACUGAUGCUACUAGACGCAACGUUUCGAAGUGCCAUACGAUUGGGAAAUCUGGUCCAUGACUUGGGCCUCAUUCACCACAUCCACGUGCUGAACUUUGCAGUGAACCACUUUGAGAUGCAGGCCCCAGAGUCGAGCGAGGGCGUGCGGGUGCAGGAUAUGUCCUUAAGCGGAGUGCAGGUGCGACUCUUUGAGUCCACUCGAGGGGAGGAGGGCCAGCUGAAGAGGGGCGUGAUCUACCUCCAUGGAGGGGGCUGGGCCCUUGGGAGUGCCAGGAUUCGGUCCUAUGACUUCCUCUGCAGGAAAAUGGCAGAGGAGCUGAAUGCCAUCAUUGUGUCUGUGGAUUACCGGCUGGCCCCGGACGUGCAUUUUCCCAAGCAGUACGAUGAUGCUCUUCAGGCCUCCAGGCAUUUCCUCACUCCGGAGUUUCUGGACCGGUUCUCUGUGGAUCCGGACCGGGUCGCAGUGUCAGGAGAUAGUGCUGGAGGAAACCUGGCAGCAGCAGUAGCCCAGGAGCUAGCCAUGGAUAACACCACUUCCAUCAAAUUCAAGCUCCAGGCCUUAAUCUACCCUGUGCUGCAGGCCUUGGACUUCAACACGCCCUCGUACCAGCAGAACCGAGAUGUACCCAUACUGUACCGUCCCCUCAUGGCCAAGUUCUGGCUGGUGUACCUGGGCGGGGACCCCAGCUUCGUCCAGGCCAUGCUGACCAACAACCACUCUGCCCUGGACCAAAAUCAGGCCGCACUGGGCCGCGCCAAACUCAACUGGACACUGCUACUCCCGCCCGCCGUGAAGAGGCACUACAAGCCCGUGGUGCAGGCCCAUGGGACAACCCGAAUCGUCGAAGAGAUACCAGCGCUACUGGACGUGCGAGCUGCACCCCUUCUGGCCGAGCGGGAUGUCCUUAUCAGGACCCCACGGGCAUACAUCCUGACCUGCGAGCACGACGUGCUUCGAGACGACGGGCUGAUGUACGGGCGUCGUCUGCAGGAGGCGGGCGUGGACGUUACCAACGACCACUACGAGGACGGUUUCCACGGCUGCAUGAUCUUUGCAUUCUGGCCGGCGUACUUCUCGGUCGGCCAGCGGACGGUGAAGAACUACAUCUACUGGCUGGCCCAGAACCUAUAGCCUUUUCGCCCUCUUCAUCUCUCUAUGUCCCUUGUGCCAGACGUAUACACUGUAAUGGCCUGUGUACUGCAACCUUUUAUAUAUAUUUUGUUUUAGCGUAGCAAUAUUUCAUGCAAUGCAACAUGCCAAUGCAAUGAGGCUGUGGAUGCCGAUGUCCUCUGAGGUAGCAUGUGUGUGUGUGUGUUUGUGUAUUGGGGGGGCUUCAGGAAACACUUCAGGGGUGAUACAUUACUGUGUGUUUAGCACAGUCAUCAGAGGAAAACUAAGGCUGUAUGUUUUUAAAGGCAUUCAGUAUAGAAUUGUUUGAAUUUACUGAAAAAAGGCAAAUUAUUGAUUUCAUGGCUUGGGGGGGGGCAUAUGAUAUACUAUAUCAUCAAACCUUGGGGGAUUUUAUGUAGACAUGCAGCCACCAAAAAUCCUCUGACAUUUGGGUUUAAUAAUGCAAUUUAUUUAUUUAAGAAGUACUAUAUAAUGGCUCAUUUUCCCUUAGAGAGAAUUGUAGUAAUGCAUUAGAAGUAGAUUCCAGAAAACAGACAAUAUGAAAGCUAAAAGUGAUGUGUUUAUGAGGCUAUGCAAAACAAGAAGAGAUCUUUCACAAUGUUUUUCCUUUUAUGAGAACACAAAGAUUAACUUUUUUAUGUGAGUUGAGUCGAAAGAAUGGCCAUUUUAAGAAUGGUUUAAGAAAGGCACAUAGCAUAUAGCCGUAGUCCACUUUGAAGAAUGUUGAGAAAAAAAAGAAAAUGUCCUAGUUGCAUGGGGCUCUUUUAACGAUGGCACUGGAGAGCAUUCCGCAGAACUGCUGAAGGGUAAUGCACAUGGGACACCAUACGAAAACAGAAAGGCUUUUGUUCUCCGCGUCCUUUUCCAGUUAAGAUUUUGCACUGAUAAAAUAAUUUGGCACGCAUUUUCAGAAUGGAACCCGCUGCUUUUUAAACAUUCCUUUUCCCCCUCCUUUUGCACAUAUUAUUUGUGUGUUCAAUUAGCAAAUGAGUAUUAUUUGUGUUAGGACUUUUGGUUGUAAGCUUAAUACGCUGUGUUUCACACAACAAUUACCGAUUGAGGGCACAUUUAUCAAAACCCUGGACAAACUUCAGUUUUUUAUCAUUUAUUAUCAAUAUAAUUUGGUCUUUUUGCUCCUGAUAUGAAGCACUUUGAAUGUUCCCUGGUUUGAAUUGUGCCAUAUAAAUAAAUAUGCCUUGCCUUAUGCAGGAAUUUUUAUUUUUCUUUCCAGUUCUAUUACUUUGUGUUGAUAAGAAGGGCACAUAAAUGUGUAUCUUUUGUCAAGAAUCCAUUGGGCACAGAUAAGCACUAUGGAUUGACCAAUAAUUGACACCAGGGGUAGGCACUGUAGCUGCUCUAACCAUGAAAGUGCCCUGGACUGGAUAGAGAACAAACACAUUCUGUGUACACUGUGUAUAUUCUAGUUUGUCAAUGUCAGGGUCAUAUACUUCAGCAUGAUUCCACCUCCUUUACUGUCACUUAUGAUGUCUGUGUUAGCACUAACUAUAAUCUGUUUCAUCUGCUUGCAAUACAUGUCUGGCCGCCUCUGCUAUGAAGAUAGAUUUUUAAGGUAAAGUGUAGUAAAAUGGGAAAAUGAUUAUAAUAAUUUGAUCCCAGCUUGGAAAACACUGAAAUGUUGUUGUUUUUUUUGGUUCACAUACUGUGUGCCCUGCUUCUGUGCCUCUGUGUUUAUGUACUCUACAAGAUUGCUCUGUACUGUAUUACAGUUGGCUCCAGAAUUGUUGGCACCCCUGAUGAAUCUCAAAAAGUGUUGUAAACUCAAAAAUAAUUGUUUAUUGACAUAAACUUUAUUUUCAAACAUGCAUAGAGCUUUAUUCAUGAUUUAAUGGAGCCAACCAAAGUCUUAAAUCUUUCAAAAAAAAAAUUUUUUUCGCAAAAGAAUUCCCCACAAUUAUUGGCACCCCUGGUUUAAUACCCCAGGCAAAGAUAACAGCCAAAAGUAUUUUCCUAUUAUUUGUGAUAAGGUUAGAGAACACAAUUGGAAGGCUUUUUGACCAUUCCUCUUUGUGGAAGAAUCAUUCAGGAUCAUUGAUAUCUUUGGGAUACCCCCUUCUUCAGUUCAGACCACACAGUUUUACUUAACCAUUUCUGUGUGGAUUUUCAUGUAUGCUUGGAGUCAUUGUCUUGCUGGAUAAUCUACCUCAAGCUUCCUAGCAGAGGCAACCAGAUUGCCCAGAUUUCCUUAUAAUCUGCUGAAUUAAUUGUGCCAUUGAUCUUAAAUGGUGCCCCUGGACCACUGGCAGCAAAACAUCUCCAUAUUUGACAGUAGGUACGAGGUGCUUCUCCUUGUAUGCAAUUAAUUUAGCUGCCAAACAUAUUGAUGGUGUGUAUGGCCAAAGCGUGUGACCAUAGCACUAUAAUUCUAAUGAGGUUUGGCAAACUUAAGAUGCUUGGUUUUGUCAAUUGUGCUCAGUUAGGGCUGUCUUCUUGUCACCCUUCCAAAGAGUUGGAAGGUAUGGAGGUGCCAUUUUUUUUUAGAAUCUAUCAAUUCUUAGACUGAAAUCCUUGCGUUACUUAUGGUCUCCUUCACCAUUACUGUCCCUGGGAAUAAUAUGCACAUGCAUCCUCUGCCUGGUAACCAUUCCGUGUGUUUUACUCCUUUCUGUUAUUGCACUUACAGUGCUAAGUGGAAUGUUAACCGUUGAUGUAUGUACCUAUUACCCAAUUUCUUAUGGUCAAUUACCACCUGUGUCUUCUGAAUUGACAGGUCUUUGGCUUUUCCCAUGCUGAUGGUUGACAAAGGGAUUUUGCAUGCUUUUUAUCUAAUUUUUAUACUCUAGUGAAACAGGAAGUGAUUGAAUGACGCAAUAUAGUUCACUUAGGCUGAGAUUAACUAAAUUAAAGUAAAAUGCUAUUGCCAAUUUCACUUUGUUUGAUUUUACUUACAAUAAUCGUUAGGGGUGCCAAUAAUUUUGUGGUUUACAGGAGAUAGAAGACAUUGAAACAUGAGAGUAAAUGUAUUGAAAUAAAAGUAUAUAGUUUCCUGUAUGUUUGAACAUAAAA